GAGUGGGCGUGUCCGUACUGGGCGGUGCUGACAGGACAAUAACAGCAAACCCCGGGCCGCCGUGUGAGCGGUACCCGCCUCCCUGUACCGGAGUCGGCCCGGCUGAAAGGGACACAACCCGUCCGAAGGAGACACGGAUCUAGACUCCACACACCGGCAUAGACACAUUGUCCGGGAUCCAUAAGCUGUCAACUGACAUGAUAACAGAUCCACACCAGGAGUAAUAAUACACAGCUCAACGACGCAGAGAAAUUGAUGCUGCAUUUUAUUGGUGGCUGCGAUAUGGAGAUCUAAGGAUUUUUAGUUUCUGAAGAACAUAAAUAAAAUAAGCUGAUUCUGCUUCAGGCUGCUGCUGUACUUUCUAUAGACCUUACUAGUCCUAUUGGGUGAUGUCUGAGCAUCUCUAAAAGAUCCUAAUAUUCCGCUAGUUACCAGGGAGACAUCUUUCACAGCAGCUAUGGAUGACUAUGACAUAAGGUCUGCUGCCAGUAUUCUGGCCUCUGUGAAAGAACAAGAAGCUCGUUUUGAGCGGCUGACCCGCGCUCUAGAAGAGGAACGCCGCAAUGUUUCACUCCAACUUGAACGAGCCAACGUGCCCUCUGAACGAAUGAGUAUGUGCAACAUUGGCAACGGUCAGCCAUUAGCGACUGCAUGGCAGCAACUAGUCCUGCAGGAGCAAAGUCCCAGUAACCAAACCUCCAUUGCCAUGAUGCAGGAACCGCCUGAGAUGCUGGAAGAAACUGUUACUGUGGAAGAAGACCCUGGAACACCCACAUCACACGUGUCUAUUGUGACAUCGGAGGACGGAACCACGAGGCGAACAGAAACAAAGGUCACUAAAAUGGUGAAAACUGUAACCACACGAACAGUCCGCCAGGUACCAUUGGGUCCAGAUGGGAUGCCGGUGCUCGAUGCCUCCUCUCCCCUCAGUGGUUACACAGAUUCUAUUGACAGAAGAUAUAUGAAAAAUGGGGAACGUUUUAUUACCCCACAGUCUUCUUCUACAUUGACCAGAUCCUACAAUAACAGCUACAACGACUCUUAUGGUGAUCCACACGAGACUCAGUACCGACCCUUCAUGGGGCACGAAGGCUACGGAGACCUAACUGACAGCUAUGGCAGUCUAUCCCGCGGAGUCAACUACCGUCCCCGCUAUGCUUACACUCCAGGCAACAGUUACCGGCCUGAGGAUGGCAGUUAUACCCUUCCCACCCGGCGGGAAAAUUAUGUCCCCAUUGCUCAGCCACAGGUUCCAAUUGGUAGUAGUGUUGAUCUUAACCGAUCACAGCCUGAGCGAUUCCAGCCAGAGCCCUAUGGCCUAGAGGAUGAUAAUCGUAGUCUUGGGGCAGAUGAUGAGGGUUACGAACUAGAUCCUGAUUAUUCCACGAUGAAUAGAAGAGUCCUCCCUGGCAUGCCCCUAACUGCUAGGCCUCACAAGGGAAGGGCCUACGAUGACCCGCUAGAGGCAGAAUUGAUUGAUGAAAGAAUCCCUUAUCUUCAUGGUGGAUAUGCAGCACCAUUGGCUCAGCCAGAAAGAGGAAGUCUGGCUAGUAUAGACCGACUGGGCAAACGGUCUCCAUCUAUCGACAGUAUACGCAAAGAUCCAAGGUGGAGAGAUCCUGACCUCCCUGAAGUCAUUGCCAUGCUCAACCACCCCAUUGAUCCAGUCAAGUCCAAUGCUGCGGCUUACCUGCAACAUCUUUGCUAUGAAAAUGAUAAAAUAAAAAAAGAAGUGAGACAUCUCAAAGGUAUCCCCAUAUUAGUGGGUUUGUUAGACCACCUAAAACCUGAGGUCCAUCGUAAAGCCUGUGGAGCACUCCGAAACAUCUCUUAUGGAAGAGAUAACGAGAACAAGGUCGCUAUUAAAAAUUGCGAUGGCAUUCCUGCUUUGAUCAGAUUAUUACGAAAGACAGAUGACAUGGAAGUGAGAGAGCUUAUAACAGGCACUCUGUGGAACCUCUCUUCCUAUGAACCUUUAAAAAUGGUGAUCAUCAACCAUGGGCUUCAGACACUCACCAAUGAAGUUAUCAUCCCUCACUCUGGAUGGGAGAAUGAGCCCAAUGAAGAUUCCAAGCCCCGUGAUGCAGAAUGGACAACUGUUUUCAAGAAUACAUCUGGUUGCUUAAGGAAUGUGAGUUCUGAUGGUGCUGAAGCUCGUCGGAGACUGCGAGAGUGUGAUGGCCUGGUGGAUGCUUUGCUACAUGCUCUUCAAUCCGCUGUUAGCAAAAAGGACACAGACAACAAGUCUGUUGAAAACUGCGUGUGUAUCAUGCGUAACCUCUCAUACCAUGUCCACAAGGAGGUACCAGGAGCAGACAGGUUCCAAGACUUUGAAGCCAGCCAGCAUGGUGGGCUUGGGGGACAGCAGAAGAAAAAGAAAGAUGACGCAGGCUGUUUUGGGGGGAAAAAAGCUAAAGAGGAGUGGUUUAACCAAGGAAAAAAGAAUGGGGACGCUGACAAGAAUUUUGAUACACUUGACUUGCCUAAGCGAUCAGAAUCUGCCAAAGGUUUUGAACUCCUGUACCAGCCAGAAGUUGUCCGCCUCUAUUUGUCUAUCCUGACAGAGAGUCAGAACUUUAACACAUUAGAGGCUGCAGCUGGGGCAUUGCAGAACCUUAGUGCUGGGAACUGGACUGUAAGUAAGAUGCAAAAGUGGUCUACUUAUAUCCGGGCCACAGUGCGUAAAGAGAGAGGAUUGCCAGUGCUGGUGGAGUUACUGCAGUCUGAUUCUGAUAAAGUGGUAAGAGCUGUGGCAAUCGCUCUGAGGAACCUUUCCAUGGACCGGCGCAAUAAGGACCUAAUAGGUAACUAUGCCAUGGUACAGCUGGUGCGAAACUUGCCUGGAGGGCAGCAGCGUCCGGCUAAAAACUUGGAGGAAGACACUGUGGUUGCUGUGUUGAAUACAAUCCAUGAAAUAAUCACAGACAGCUCGGAGAACGCCCGCUCUCUGAUACAGACACAGGGAAUCGAAAAACUCAUCGCUAUAAAUAAAUCCAGUCAAUCUCCCAGAGAGGUGAAAGCUGCAUCCCAUGUCCUGCAGAUGGUUUGGAGCUAUAAGGAGCUACGCACCUCUCUCCAGAAGGAAGGAUGGAACAAAACUAACUUCCAGACUGCUGUUUCAACAUUACCAAAAGGAUCCAAAGGCAAUGGGAAGUCAGGGUUUGAUGACAGCACACUCCCACUGGUGGACAAGAGCCAAGUAAACAAGAAAUCUGGAAGCCGUGACAUGAUACCUAUGGGGGAGCUGGGGCCUGAUGGAUAUUCAACCAUUGAUCAUCGAGAUAAGGAACGGAAAUACAGGUCCAAUGAGAACAUGGGUGAUAUGUCAGAGAAGGAACCAUUAAAGAAUGACUCAAAUAAGAAACACAUUACCCGGAGUAACAGGCCUACUGUGAAUCUGGUGGACGCACGAGACACUAAACCGCAGCCUGUUGACUCCUGGGUCUAAUUUUGCAUGCAUGAGUUAAACUUGUAAUAAAUAUUUCUUGGAAGACAUCUUUUUUUUUUUUGUUAUUUUAUUUUUAAAUCAAGAUUCACAAAUUUGAAUAACUAUAGGAGGUACCAUUACCUACCACUGCCAUGUCGUUUUACACAGGAGGACAAGUGAACCUAAUGGGGGAAACACAACACAGGAUUAAAACUGCCAUCUGCUGUGUCUGAGAACCAAACUAUGUGAUCAUUGCCAAAAACCGCUAUUGCUUAAUUUUUCUUCAGAACGGACACUUUUUUAAUGCAUAAUGUAUAGUAUAUAUUCAUAAACCACAUUCCCUUUGAAGCAUCCUGGACCUUGUUCCCUUUGAAAGAAACUUCUUAUCAAGUGAUGCCUGAUAAGGUGCAGUUUUUAAGGCUUGGAAGGCAACUUAUGGGGAAAUGUUUUUAUUGGACAAUGUCUUGGCACGAAAAUACAAAGCCGCAAAACUUUAAAGACGAAGAUGUCAAAGGGGAUAUUCAGGCACCUUUCUGUUGGAUUACUUUUUCUUUCUAUCACUUCGAACUGUGAAGAUAAAAAGAUUUUGUGGACUGAGGUGAAUUUACUUUAGUUUUUUUGUUGCCACAAAAUACACCAAGUUUUGUUGGAUUUGUGGUUUUAAAUGAGAUGGAGUUUAACGGAAGUUUGGCUUGUGGAACUGUAACGUUGGAAAUGGCAAAUCCUGCUGGUCUCUAUUCACAGAAAGGAUUGGAAUGUGAUUAUAUUGGCGCUGAUGGACCAGCAGUUGGAUUCCCCAGGUCCAUGUUGUCUGACUAUGAAGUGUAUUGAAAAGGACUGACAUUUGCUUGUUAUUGCCUUUUGAUCCUAACAGAACUUUUACUCGGAGUGUGCAUGCCAUAAUCAGGAAUGCCGUUUGAGCUCAUAAAUGUACAGUUAUCAUAUUACAAAUGUUCCAAAGCCUAUAUCUAUCUAUAUACUAUUUAUCUAUAUUUAUAGAUAAAGAUAUAGAUAGAUCUAUAUAUACAUAUACAAACAUACCACAUGCAUACACCUUCCUAAACUGGACCAUCAAGUCCUUAAUGACCUGUGAUGUGAGAGCCUGCCUUUAGAAUGGGCUCAGUUUCUGGCUGAAAUGCGUGUACAGACACUUCUGUUGUAUGAUAACUUUGCCUUUUAACUUCUGAUCUCUCUUCGUCUACAUUGUAACGUUUUCUGAAAAAUAACCACCACCUAAUGCUAAACUCUGCUCUUUAGGAACUCCUGCCAACUUUCUCAGAUCAUCACUCGGCGACACAGUCAUCCGAACCAUUUAAGACAUCUUUCCGUGGAACUAUUGCAGCAAACUAACCUUUUGAUUAAAAUAACAAAAUCACAAGUUACUGUUUAAUGUAUUUUCAGUAGGUGCUCAAAAAAAAAAACCUUGUUACAAAGGGCAUGGUUUGAGUUUUUUGUUCUUUAUUUUUAGAUGCAAAGCCAGAAUGGGUUUUGUUUUGUUUUUUUAAUGUUUAAAAAACUCUUUUGAGUUCUCUUUGUGCAUAGAUCUGUUCUCUGCUGUAAAAACAUUGCUGAUGGAAAGUGUCUCCUUAUGACCCCAUUAUUCAGCUACAGAUCAAUGUCUGACCCAGACAGGUAUGGUGUGCAGUUAAUAUAUUGAUGUCCUCUUUGGAAUGAAAUCAAACUUCAUGUGGAAUCCUUACACCUACUCUCUCGGGGGUAAAAGCAUCUACUGGACAAAGCAACCAAUCCAUGUGCUCCUAGCCUUCGCAAAGAGAAAUACAAAUAGGCUGCUUGUUACAUAGACCGUAUAUAUGUACAUUACAGCUCAACUCUUUCAUUGUUAAGGGUUAAAGCUUGAUCAUUUGCAGCCCCAAUUACAAGUUUAGAAAUUUUACUAUCAAAUUUUUAAAAUGCAAUUUUCAGCCUUAAUAACGACUAUAGUAUAUAUAACGUUUCACGUUUUAAAUCCAUUUCAUCCAGCACAAGUAUUGAAAUCCUUACUUUAGAGAUUACACAUCAGAGAUUUAAAACCACAUGGAGUGUUUUGUUUGUUUUUUAAUAUGUUGGGCAAAAUGGCUGAAUUUCAUUGUGUGCUGAAUUUUAUUCUUCUGGUGGGUGUUAAAACGUUGCAUCUAUCAGUUCUUUCUAUAGGAGUAGUAGAUGCUCUUUAUGCUUUAUUUGGAUUGUUGUUUCUGUCACUUUAAGGUAAUAGCCAGUACAGUAUUGGCUAACUGACCUGACAUGUCCAGUCUGACAGGUGCCAUGAAAGUCUUAAAGUAGACCAAGCCUAAUAAUGUAAAGCCUAUGUUACAUCUCCAAAUUCUUCCCUUCUUUAUUUAUUUAAUGAGGCAAGGAGUUGAGAUUGACCCCAGUUAUAACUGGGGUCCCUGACAUAUCAAUCUCAGAAAUUAAAUUCCAUUUAGAUUGUCAUGAAUGACGAUGGCUAUGAAAACCAAAGAAUAAGCUAUAUUUGCAGCCUGUCUAAUUGGGGUUUAACAUUAAGAUGCCUGUAAAUGACAACUCAUAUAAGGACACAUUAAAGAUAAGUGUUAAAAAUAUCCAAAAUAACUGAGCAGCAUUUUGCAGCCACUUUUGGUUCCACAUAUACACAUGCAGGUUGCUCAAAUUAAAUACGGCAGUGCAAUGCUAAUGGAUGGAUAUUCAGGUCCAAUAGCAUAACUGUGUAGUGUUUAGUGUCCUUGCAACUUAUUCUAUGUGGUCGAGUGGAAGGGAGAAGAAAAAAAUCUGUGCCUCUGGUUGAACCAGGCUUUAUCCCCUCUACCUAGACCAUUUGUUGUAGAAAUAACUGAAAGUGUCAUUAUAUGUCAAUGUAUCUUGGUGCCCUCAAUUACUAUUGUGCUAGAGAAAUGUAAGUGGUAAGAUCUGUACUCCCAAAGCACUGCUCCCAUCCAAAAAUUAUGUUACCCCCUCCUUUUCCCCACAACAGGAAUGGAAACAGAAUGGAUAGUUGGACACUGGUGCAUGGUGCUCUUAACAACACAUGCUUUACUAUGAUAUCUGGUUCAGAGUACAGGAUGACUCCCAAACUUAUAGCCCCUUUCUAAUAUUGUUACUUUUAGUGGCCAUUCACUACUCACCAAAGUGUUUGUCACUACUGUUGUGAGUAUCCGUUUAUAAACUCCAAAAUGCCACCAAUAUCAACAGGAAGGUAUCAUUGCUCCUAAAGCUAGUCACUGAGUAGAGGAUAAAGGAUCGUUAUUCUCUGUGGGAACUACUAACCAGUACGUACUUAGUGACUGAUUUCCAGUCCUGUUGCUAUUGUGUAAUAGUUGCAAGAAGUUAACAAAAGCUAACUCCCUCUACAUCAUAUGUUAUCUAUAUUGAAUUACAUAGAAACCCUAAAGCACAUAUCAAAGCAUAUUACACCAUAACAAAAAGCACUAAAGGAAAAGGCCAGACACAUGACAACAAAUAUAAAAUUAUUUUUGAAUUACGUUAAGUGUGUUUGUUAUUUAAAUGACUAUUCACGCUGCAAUGCAGAAGCUCAAAUUUACAUAGCGAUGUAUCUGGACUAGCACAAAACCAUAGUUUAAUACUUAGUACACAUUGUCAUUAUCUCCAGUCGGUAAUUAGUAGCCGCUACAAGCUACCAGCUGUUAAUAGCAACACCUUAUGGCAGCUAUUUGCUGACAAGGGCCUUGAUUUAAUAUGCUUUCCAAAUGAUUCAGUACUGUUGAAAAAACUUUUCUUUAUCAAAUGACUUUCCUACUAAAAUUCCAACAGACUUUAAUGGGGAUUUCUGUAGAUAAAUAAUUUGUAAGGUUUUUCUAACAGUAUUGAGUCAAGUGGAAAGCAUAUUAAAUUGAGGCAAAGUUUGGAAACCAGACAAAAAAGUCUCAGGAUUAACACAUGAAUGUUUUCAAAAUACUCGUGACUGUAGUUUUCAUCCUAUUUUAUGUGAGAGUUAUUUUUACUCCAUAAAAUCUCUGUGGAAUAAGGAUACCGCAGCGUUCCGAAGUGUAUGUACAAUGAUUAUCAGUAAUAUUGUAGAUAUGCUGUGUACAGGCCGUGCUUCAUAAAUAAUAUUUUGUUACAUUGUGAUUUAUCAUAGUGAGUACCUGACAAAUAAACGGAUGCACAUUUAUCAAAAUAGCAGUAUUUCACAACAUAUCUAAAAAUAACUUGUGUAUCAAAAUAUGAAUACAUGGUAUGUUUAUGUAUAUCCUGAAAGCAUUAGUUUAGUAUUAAAUAUAGCCGUUAUCAUUAGCUUACAUUAGCUGUUAUAUUGUUAAUUAUGACGUGCACACAUUUCUAUUCAACAAUCAAGGUGCUAAUGUGAUUUUUCUACAAAAAGAGUAAUAUUGGCUAUAAACUGGCAGCUGUAAAAGUUUAAAAUGGACAUUGAAACCACUUUUCGUGUUUACGGUGUCACAAACGCAUGUCAUGAUGGUCUUAAGGGGACCUUUUCUGCCUGGAUAUACAUAUCUAAAUAAAUCUUUUUGCUCAUUUUUGUCCAUCUGCAACAAAAAAGACAAAUUUGAUGCUGCCAUCUGUUAUAUGUCCCAGUUUUUUCCUUGAUAUUCUUUUUCCCCCUUUAAUUCACAAAGCACCAAAUUGCUAAAUUCCGGAAAACCAAUAAACACAUUUUGUCUCAAAGUUAUGAUAUUACUUCAUAAACAAUUGAACUAUUUUACUGGAAGACAGCAAUUUUUUAAACAUAGACUGUAUUUAUACAUUUGCCAUAAGCAUCCUAAAAUGAGAAAUCUUGUUAACAUGAUUUGUGAGCUCAAGUACUGUUGUUGGUCAAGAAGGCCAGCCUCGCAAUCUCCGUUCAAGUUCAUCCCAAAGGUCAGGUUCCACAGGUCAGGUUUUUGUGAGGGCCUGUAAAGUUUUCCACACCAAACUCAUCCAACCUUGUCUUGAUGGACCUUGCUUUGUGCACUGGGUCACAUUCAUGCUGGAAUAGAAAACGGCCUUCCCCAAACUGUUCCCACAAAGUUAAAAGCAUAGCCUUGUCCAAAUUGUCUUGGUAUGAUGAAGCAUGAAGAUUUCCCUUCACCGGAAGUAAAGGGUCUAGCCCAAUCCUUGUAAAACAGCCCCAUACCAUUAUCCCUCCUCAACCAAACUUUAUAGUUGGCACAAUGCAAUUAGGCAGGUAUCGUUCUCCUGUCAUCCGCCAACCCAGACUCGGCCAUCAGACUGCCAAACAGAGAAGUGUGAUUUGUCACUCCACAAAGCACGUUUCCCACUGCUCCAGAGUCCAGUGGUCGGUAACCCUGCUCUGUGACUUUUGUGGUCUUCAAUUCAUGGCUGAGUUGCUGCUGUUCCUAAAUGCUUCUACUUUCCAAUAAUGCCCCCUACAGCUGAUCAUGAAAUAUCUAACAGGGAUGACAUUUCACUAACUGACUUAUUGCAAAGGUCGCAUCCUAUCACUAGAAUUCACUGUGCUCUUCAGAACGACCAAUUCUUUUCACAUGUUUGUAAAUGCCGACUGCAUGGUUAGGUGCUUGCUUUUAUACACCUGUGGCAAUGGGUCUGACUGAAACACCUGAAUUCAAUAAUUAAGAGGUGUGUCCCAAUACUUUUGUCCAUAUAGUGUAUUUGUAAAUAUAAUUCCCAUAAAACAGUACAUUCUGGAAAUGUCUCCACAUACAGGGCAAGCAUGUCAUACCACACAGUGUGGCUGCUAGCCAAAAAUACCAUAGAUAAGUAAAGUUAAUAUCUAAAUGUAUCUGCUAUACAUUUGCCAUCCAGAUGACUAGUACAGUGUACAGGGAAAAAAAUGAUGAUUUUUUUUAUAGCUAUGCACUCUAUCCAAGGUUGCUGAAAGGAGAGUCCAGUAUUAAAAAAUAUGGAACCUGUCCCUAUACAUUGGGAGUAUAGACUGGUAAAUCCACUUCAUGACAAAUUCUAUGAAGCUACUAGACUUUUAUCCAAAGCCCGUGUACUAAAGAUUGUUGUUUUGGGUUUUUUUAGGAGCUGUUGUUAAAUGAUAUAUUUGCUUUGAAUAACAUUGAAGGAAUCUUUAAUAUUCAUUCCAUAUUUCAUCUUACAAAUACGCUACACUGUCUCUACUGCAUAAUCUGUAAGUGGAAAAGCAAACCAGGUGCUUUGUCUUUUAGCCUAGCCUUUUAAUAUGUUGCUAGCUUUUUGGAUGGCGGAAGAAAUAAUGUUAUGACAUGAUUCUUAUGGAAUUGGUCAUUUUAGCUGACUUAUGGUAGUCACUAGAAAGUAAGUGUAAUUUUGCAGUCAUUGUAUGUAUUUACACUACUUCAAAUAUCUAAAGAAUGAAACUAAUGCUAUAUGUGUAGUAAUUAUUCCUUACAAACGUACACAAUGCUGUAUUCAGUAUAAAGCUGUCAUCCAAUAAAAUGUUAAUGUUGAUAGAAUGUUUAAAUCUCCAGUAACAACAAGUGAUGGCAUGUGGUCAAUAAAUAAAUUCUAUACGUAUAAACUACCUGAGAGCAAGUUGUAGUAGUUACAGGUUGAGUAAAGUGGAUUCUAAUUAUUUAGAAACUGGUGGACAGAAUGAGCCGUUUGCUAGCUUGUGUCUACUUGCUUUAGUUUAAACAGCCCAUUCAGAGGGAAUGGAUAAGUAUAACAUUCCAAGUUUCCUUUGAAUGUUAUGACUAUAGAAUGCUUUUUACCCCUUAAUAUUUACAUUGUGUGAUAGUGUUUUAGGAUGCUAAUUGUAUCUUCCUGCUGCAUAACAUGUUCUUUUUCCUUUUUUUUGCCAUCACCCCACCUUAAACCACAUCUAAACUGGAAAAUGUAGCAUCAUUUUUGGGACCUGAACCUGAAUCUGCCUGGCACUAAAAAGUCCAACAUCAUUUUGUUUUAGCUCUGGGAUAUUUGAUUUGUAAAUAUGCCCAGAACAUAUCCUGCAAUUUCAGUUUUUAAAGACAUUUGCAUUUUUAUCUAGUGUUAUAAUAUUCCAAUGAUUUUAUACAUUUUCCAUUUUUAUAUUUCACAGUUUUUGUACAAGUUGUGUAUCUUGGAUCUUGGUAUCUUCACCGUGAAUCUUCAUUUGGCCGUCAGUAGCUUUUCAGAGUUCACAUAACAUUUUUCAUGUAAAUGUUACGGGAUAUAUUGAAUAUAGGGUGUUUAUUAGCACUGCUGUAACAUUAUUGUAUAUGGGGUUGACACCUUCUUGUUUAACACCAAACUACGCCACUGAUAAUGGUAUAUUGUGGUAAUGCACAAUAUAUGAUGCCCCAAAGGUCAUGAGAAGGAUCUUGAGAUAUUGGGAAUCCUGUGUCCUUGGGAUUCCAGGCUAUAUAUACAACCCAUAUUAAUUUGUAUAGGGUUGGAAUAAUACAUCUCUUGCCAAAAUGUAAAUAUUAAUAUUUCUGUUUGAUGUAAUGAACUUAACAAAGAUUUGUGGUUCCUUCUUUUUCAAAGGGGCUGGUUGGCUGUUUUACCCAAAUUGAUGUUGUUCCUGGUUCCAGUUUAGUGUAUAUUAUUUAAAAUGUCCUAAGACUCUGGCAUUAGAGCAUUUAUUAAAAAAAAAAAGAAAGUAUAAAACGCUGUACUAGUAACUAGUGGUAAACAUGUUUGGAAUUAUCACGUGCCUUAAAAAGCUUUUUCAUGGUAGGUAAAAACAAAAUAGAAAGAGAAAUAAUAUGGGGGAGGUUGCAUUUCUUUUAUUUGACAUUAAAUUAACAUCCUGUGACUAGGUCAAUUCACUUGGUUCUUUGCAUCAUUUAGACUGUAGUAUCAUACAUUUAUAAAUGAAUACGUUAUUGAAAAUUGACUGUUGAAGUAAACAUAAGUAAAAAAUACUGAAUGUUCCCCCUUCCCCUGGUGGUAUCUUAAUCAAGAACGUGUUAUGGUAAAGUUGAUAAGCUGAUAUUUUACUAAUCUGAAAAGGUUUAAUGCCUGACAGUGCCAGGUUUGAAAAUGGGCAAGUUUUCAAUAAACCAUUCCUGGGACAAGCCCCUUUGCAUUUUGCCUUGUGCUAUAUAAAUGUUUUGUGCAAAUACACUUUGCUGGUUCAGGAUCCUCAUAUUGAGAAAUGAAUUGCUUGUACAAACUGAACAUUUGGGUACAAGAUUUGGCAAUUAUUUAACUGCCAACACUUGUAGAAGAUGGGUUUGACAGAUGUAUAUGUACACAAUUAGGUACCAGGCCAAUAUGGCUCCUAAAUCUUUAAUGCAUGGCAGACAGCUAUCCUUUGAAUGUUUUAUAUAGAAAUUGUAGAAUUGUUCAUCUUUAAGUCCUAAAACAAAUCUGAUUUCUAAAUCUUAGUAUAUAUUUUUUUGGAAGUGUCAAUAUCAUAUCAAUUUGUUUAGCUUGGCUUUAGUUUUGAACUGGUCUCUAGGAUAGUAGAUUUUCUAGUGGAUACGUUUCAUAUGGCCCAUCCUUAAAGCUCUAAAAGUGCUAUAAUUGCUAUAGUAAUUAAGUUAUGUGGAGGAUCCUGAAUACACUGUGUGUUCCAACUGACAAUGAGAUGACAACAACCAUAUUACAACAUCAGCAUUAAUGCUUAAUGGUGUUACAAUGAAUUAAAGGUAAUGAUUGAAGGGAUUUUUUUAAACAAAUACAAAUGUCAGUUUGUAAUAAUGUACAUAUUGAAGUGAUUAUAUAAAGGUUAUUGUAUGCAACUGCAA